AUUAGGCUACCGCCGCUCUCUGCUCCAGUACAACAGGUGGCGGUAUGCGUCUUCUCAAUUGAGGAUUAAACCUAAAUAAAUUCAUCAAAGAAAAGGAAACGAAGAGGCUACUGCAUCUCUCACGCGGUUAGCUUCAUAAGCUAGCAGUCCUAGGUUGUCUUUUGGCCCCAUAUUUCUGAUCGGAGAUGAUGGGCAGCAAAACGAGCACAAUAGCUGCUGGUGUGUGCGGGGCCUUGUUCAUAGGGUACUGUAUCUAUUUCGACAGAAAACGGCGGAGUGAUCCUAACUUCAAAAAAAGGCUGCGCGAACGUAGGAAGAAACAGAAAGCUGCUCAAGAAAAAUCUGGACUUGCUAGGCUUCCUGACCUGAAAGAUGCAGAGGCAGUACAGAAGUUCUUCCUGGAGGAGAUCCAGCUGGGAGAAGAGCUGUUGGCCCAGGGAGACUAUGAGAAGGGCGUGGACCACUUGACUAAUGCCAUAGCUGUGUGUGGCCAACCACAGCAGCUGCUCCAGGUCCUUCAGCAGACUCUCCCCCCUCCUGUCUUCCAAAUGCUGCUCACCAAACUACCCACCAUCAGCCAGAGAAUAGUGAGUUCUCAGAGUUUGGCUGAAGAUGAUAUUGAGUGAAGGUGGGCCAGUUAACAUAUCCACUGUGGUCUGUUCCUAUUACACCUGAUCCAGUAUCACUUGAGUACUGGCAACCAAUCAGAGCUCCCACAGUAAAGCAGACGCUCUUCCAAUCUCUUCCACACAGUUUUAGUUUUUCUUUUAUGUAAAAUCAUUUGUCUCACUUUUUUUGUUUGUUUGUUUGUUUUUUACCUAGCAACCACCUUUUUACCAGUGCACCUUUUUCCCUGAUUGUUUAUUAUGUUAUGAUAUCUGUCAAGUGUGAGAAGCAAAUGUAACACAGAGACAAGACUUCGAUUAAAAAAAAUGAAUGAAAUUUGUUUUUUUCUUUCUAUUUGCUUGUUUGAAGAAGAUUAAAAGUAUAGCAGAUGUGUAAGAAAAUAGUAUGUAAGGUUGGUGUUAAUUGUAUGCGGUACACCUGUUUCAACAUAAGGGGUGCACACAGGGUACUGGGGAAGGGAUUCAACAGAUAUUAGUGGUUUUCUUCACUGUUUAAAGAGCAUGUGGGUUUCCUGGGUCUUUUAAUUCAGCGUAUAUUUGUAAUAUAUAAACUUAUGUAUUCAAAGAGAAAAUCUGUUCAGUGUGCCAUGUUGGUUUGAUUUGUGAAUUUUUAAUGUAUAUAUCUGGAUAACACUCACUCAUUAUCAUUGCAGAAGUUUCUUUGCUGUUAUAAAAUAAAACACUGAAGAACUA